AAAUAAGAAAAAGAAACUUUUGGCUACUGGAGCAAGACAUCUUAAUAGUGUGAACAAAAUGGUCGGUCCUAGAGUGGUUGGCGAAGACUGUAAAUGCAAAUUUAAAUGUUUCGAAAACUUUAAAGAACAGGAGAGAACGCAGAUCUUAAAUAAAUUUUAUGAAAUUGGCGAGAAAGUAAUGCAGGAUACUUACCUUGUAGGCCUAAUAAGUACGUCAGAAGUAACCAGAAAACGUCCUAAGACAGGAAAUGGUCGGCAACGAAACGUUUACCAUAAAUACAUGGUAAGUACUUACUCACCUUUCAAUUUAUUUUCUGAAAUAAUCCAUUUUUUUAAAUUCCAGAUUCGUAUUGGUUCAAAAUCCCACCGAGUAUGCAAAAAAGCAUUUGGUGCGGUUCAUGGUAUAUCAUCUAAAAGAAUUGAUCGCUUGUCAGCUUUCUUAAAAUCUAACGACGCUAUCACAUCUCCUAAGGAUGGUCGUGGAAAGCAUCACACUAGACCGAACAUGAUCCCCCCGAAAUCGUUGAGCAAGUAGAUAGCCAUAUUCGCAGUUUUCCCAAGAGAUCGUCUCAUUACAGUCGUCAAAAAAAUAAUAAUAAAAUGUAUCUUUCACCGGAAUUAAAUGUCAAGAAGCUGUAUGAAUUAUAUCUAGAAAAAUAUGAAAAAGAUAUGUUUGAUAUAUAUGGCCUAAAAGAUAAAAAACAUCUUUUUCGUCCGAAAGUGACUUACGACUUCUACUUUAGAUAUUUCAAGGCUAAUUUUAAUAUUUCGUUUGGCAGCCCACGGUCCGACACUUGCAAGACUUGCGACGAAUAUGAAAAUAAACUUAAGCUACCCUUACCCGAUGAAGAAUUAAACCAAAUUAAAACUUCUAAACAGCUCCAUGUAAGCAGAGCUCAAGUAUUCUUUGAUGCACUCAAAGAAAAAACAGAAGAAGCUAAAAAUAAUCCCGAGGUAGAAGUACUCUGCUUUGAUCAUCAACAGAAUGCACCUUUACCUAAAGUCCCCUCAGGAGAUGCAUUUUAUCUUAGGCAGUUAUGGGUUUUUAAUUUCUGCAUUUAUUCAGCCAAAACAGGAAUUUCGCAUUUUUACAUGUAUGAUGAAACCACUGGCAAAAAGACACCCAAUGAAACCAUUAGCUUCCUAGAUCAUUAUUUAAAAAAUAUAAUGUCCAAGGAUGUGAAAACAUUGUACAUCUUCUCAGACAACUGCGCUGCUCAAAACAAGAACGGAAGCCUAGUACAAUAUCUAUUCACUUUGGCCCAAACUAAACAGUUUCAGUCGAUUCUUCAUCGAUAUCCUGAACCUGGCCACUCCUUCUUGCCAUGUGACAGGUCAUUUGGGGUUGUAGAAAAAGCAUUACGAAAAAUGGAACGAAUAUUUACUCCUCAAGAAUAUAUGACACAUUAUGGCAAAUGCAGCAGAAACUUUGAAGUGGUCCCAGUAGAACAAAACAUGAUUUUUGACUUUGUAAAUUAUUUAAAGCCAAAUUUUAAGAAAACAGUCAUCAACCAGCAUAGACAGAAAUUUGCGAUAAGCAAAUACAAACUGAUUUUAUAUGAAGCAAACAGUGGAAUCCAGUGCAGCGAGUCUUGUAAUGUACCUAUCUAUAGUACAUUCAAUAUUCAAUGUUCUACGUUAGAUACCAAUACGGCACCAAAUCAACUGUAUAAAGAAAAAUUGCCAUUGAAAAAAGUAAAAUAUGACAACGUGAUGGUGCUGGCAAAUCAAUACGUGCCAAAAAACGACCUAUCUUACUAUGAAAAAUUAACUUUUGCUCAGGGGAACACAGGUAGUGACGUCGAAAUGACCAACGACGAAGAAACUAUUGAAUAGUAUUAGAUUCUAUGACUUAUUAUUAUUGUUUUUGUUUAAUGAGUAACAUUGAAUAAAGUUUAUGUAAUAAAUAUAUACAAAUUUUGCGUUCAAAUGUAAUUUUAGCUCUUUCAUUAUUGCAGACACGCACACUUUUUGAAGUUUUGGUGCAAGAAUGACGUAGAUCCAUUAAAAAACAACUUUUUAUUUGCUUUAAAAUAUUAUAUUUUUAGAAGAUUUUCGGUAUUUGUAAUUGUUAAGGUACGUGCUUUUGGCAGUUUAAAACGUAAAAGUGGUAUCUAAUAAACUAUGGCGUAUAAAAGUUUUUUUUAUUUUCUCAAAAUCGACUUUUAUGGAGCUGCGUCAUUCUUGCUGCGGAGUCCUCAAUUGCCAUCGACGUUACGGCCAAUCAGGCGUAUACACGAGGAAACAAUAGAUUCUGAUGCAGAAAGUGAGUGAUUUUCUGCAAUGAAUGAUCUUUUUCUGACAAACUUAUUUUUUGGUUUCAAAAUAACAUUAAAAGCAUGAAUAAACUUGUAAAUCUAAUUAUUUAAAAUUGUUUAAAAUUUCUACAUUAAUAAAUCGUUUUACUACAGAAUUAUUGGUUUUAUUAUUAUCCUAUUAGACUAUUUUUGGUUUAAGUAAUAUAUUAUUAUUUUACAAUAUUUUUGGUGUUAUAUUUUUGAUUGAAAAUUAUUUAGGUAUUUUACCAAUUUCGCUCAAAAUUGAACCAAAAACCUUAUAUUCUCCAAAUUUUUGUUUUAAGUGCCAGUGUAAACUCUGGUGAUUCCGAAUAACUCUUGUUCACAAAAUAAAAUAAAGUUUUAAUAUUAGUUUUGGAAGUUAAAACUUUCAAAUUCGAAUCCUGUAAAAUCCUGUUUUCGGCACUUAACACAUAUGUGAACUAAGGCAUCGAUAUAUCCCGAUCUAUUCAUCGCCCUAAGAAUUGUGUUGACCAUUCCUGUCACUGUUGGGGCUGCGGAAAUGAGUUUUUCAAGAUUGAAGCUUAUCAAAACUUACCUCCGCAACACCAUGACACAACACCGUCUUUCUUCACUAGCAAUAUUGUCAAUUGAAAAUGAAGCAUCACAUAGUUUAGAUUUUAAAGCUUUGAUUGAUGAUUUUGCUCAUAAAAAGAGCAGGAGAGUACAGUUUUAAAAAUAAAGUAUAAAAGUUUAUAUGUGUAUGUAGUAAUAUGUUUUCAUAAAUUUCGCUACUUUUGCCGUAGUUUAAAGUUUUAAAAUGUAAACAUAAGUUUUACUUUUCGACUGUAAAUAUAAUGUUAACAUCUGUUAGUUUUUUUAUGAUAUUAUAAUUUCUGACAUCUGAUUAUUUGCUGUCUUAUUUGUACACUACCCAUCCCUCGUUAUUAAUUUCUAAAUAAGUAUUGUAAUAUGUAAUAUAAAAAUAUGUAAAUACUCGUAAAAUAAAAUAAAUAUUUUAAAAUAUGCAACAUUCUGUUUUAACUAUCAUAAAUACGAACUAUAAUAAUAGAUCUUCAGUUCAAAAGCAAUAUGUGCAUAUUAUGUUAAUAUUAACUCAUUUAAAUUGAGGUGUCUUCACGGCCUAACGUAACGAGUCGUUCACUAAGUAGCCAAGGAUAAAAAAAAAUUAACAAUCUUCCAGUACAAUAAGUAGAAAACUAAUUAGAUGAGUAAAGUGAAAUCCAUAAAUAAUAACUACAGCUACGCUCUGAAAAAUCAUGUUGAAGGACAAGGAUGGGCGUCGCUUUAAUUAGACCUACAGAUGAUCGCCGUUUAAAAACAAAAUUAAAUACAUUUUAUUUAGUGUUGUGGAUGACCAUAAGUAAAGCACAUAGGUUCUUAUUUUAGACAAUAGGGCCCCCUAAUAUCACCUCGCACAGGGCCCCGCGGCGACUAGCGCCGCCACUGUACGUAGUUUAUUUUAAAAAAUAUUUGAAAGGUCGGGCGGAUCUCUUAGAAAGCAUUGAGAUAAAUUUAAACCAAACCGAUAAAAAAUACGAAACCAAGUCUCGAGAUAGUCGCCAUAAUGCAAAUAAAACGAAGUACGUUAGUUAUUUCUGUAAAAGGGAUCAUAGCCUUUUUUAUUGCCCUGAUUUUUAAUCACUUUCAAUAAAUGACCGCAUAACAAAGGUUAAAGAGUUACAAUUGUGUCAUAAUUGCUUGCGCCGAAAUCAUUUUGCAAAGGAUUGCAAAAGGAGUGGUGGUAAAUUGUGCAAUUCAUAACAUUUACUACGUUACACAUAGCAAGAGAAAAAUCUAACGAUACUCAGUUAAUCCAGUCGGUAAAUUCUGAACCGACCCCUUCUACUUCGGAAACCAAUUGCAAUUUCGCCACUGCGCCUUUGUGUUAGACAAUAGGUAUAACUAGCAAUUUACCUGUUAAGCCGAUAAAUCGUAAAAUGUUAAAAAUUCCUGCGGAUAUUCAAUUAGAGGAUACAAAAUUUGAUCAAACUAGAGAAAUUGAUUUGUUGAUAGGAGCAGAUUUGUUUUGGGACAUUAUUAGCGAAGGAUUCUCCAGAAUACGCGGCUAGGGUGGAACGAAGCGGGAUCUUCCGCUCCCUACUAUUCGAAAUCGUAUUCAAUGUGUAACCUGGGUAAAACAAUUAGUUUAAAGGAGCAGAUAUCUAAAUUCUGAGAAGUGUAAGAGAUUUCCACUAUUAAACCUUCAUACGAAGAAGCGUUAUGCGAAAAACAUUUUGUCGAUAAUCUAAAAUUAUCACCAGAGGGUAGAUUCGUGGUGUCACUUCCACUUAAAGAUUCUCCCACCAAACUCGGCAAUUCACGCAAUACAGCUAUCAAACGUCUCAUUAGUCUCGAACGCAAGUUAUAUUCAAACGAAACAUUACAACAAUUAUACGUUUAUUUUUUAAACGAAUACGAAAAUCUUGGGCAUAUGACCGAGAUAAAACAUAACGACUCAGAUAUUCAACCGGAUUACUAUUUCCCACAUCACGGUGUUUUAAAGGAAUCGAGUUCAACCAGCAAAUUACGUGUCGUGUUAGACGGAUCAUCCCCUUCAUCUACUGGAGUUUCAAUUAAUGAUUUAUAAAUGACCGGUCCAAUAAUACAAUCCGAUUUAAUAUCGAUACUUUUGUGAUUUCGCAUACGUCCUAUCGUCAUUUCAGGCGACAUUUGAAUGAUGUAUCGCCAUGUGUUAAUCGAUCCAGAGCAACGUCAGUUACAACAAAUUGUGUGGGGAUCAAAUACCAACGAACCUAUUAAAACCUUUCAAUUAAACACAGUAACUUGUGGCACAACGGCUGGAUCCUUCCUGGCAAACCGCUGUAUACAUGAGGUUGCAAAAGAAUGCGCUAAUCAAUAUCCCCAGAUAGCAAAUAUUCUUAGAAGGGAUAUGUACGUAGAUGAUUUGCUUACCAGUUUAGAUUCGGUUGAGGAAGCAAAAUUUGUAAUUUCUAAAACUUUAGAAUUCCUGAUAAGACGAGGAUUUCGAACUACGUAAAUAGAAAUCCAAUAAUCCUCAAGCAAUUAGUGAUAUUAAUCAUGCAAGUUCCGAAAAUGCUAUCGAGUUUACCGAAAAUAAAAGUAAUAGUAAGGUACUGGAGUUACUGUGAUUAUGCGACCGAGACAUAUUAAUGUAUAAAAUAUCCACACCAGAAAAAUUUAAUCAAAAAAGCAUUACCAAACGCUUAAUUCUGUCUCGCAUUGCAACGAUAUUCGAUCCGCUUGGCCUGGCUAGUCCUUCCAAUAUAAUUGCGAAAGUUUUAUUACAAAAACUGUGGAUGGAGAAUGGAUGGGACCAACCGUUACCGAACUAUAUAUUGAAUAUUUGGCUAGAGAUUUCUUCCGAACUGGACAUUUUAAACAGCAUCAAAAUCGAACGUAAGGUCAUCUGUGACCAAUCUAUUCGUAUUUCUCUCCAAGGUUUUUCUGAUGCUUCAGAAGCCAGUUACGGAGCUUGCGUCUACCUAUUAUCAACUAAUGCAAAAAAUGAGAAAAUGUGUAAUCUUCUAUGCGCAAAAUCGAAAAUGCCUCCAAGACUUUGACCAUGCCUCGAUUGGAGUUAUGCGCCGCGUUGUUAUUGUCUCAACUGAUUUCUAAAGUCGUAGAAACUGGUAACAUUAAGUUUGAUCAAAUAUUUUGCUGGUCAGACUCAACCAUUAUUCUUGGACGCCACCUAACUUAUUAAAGCCAUUUAUUAACAAUCGUAUUGCGGAAAUCCAACGGUCAAGUAUUUCUAUCGUAUGGAGGCAUGUGCCGACGAAGGAGAAUCCAACAGACCUGGUAUCUC